CCAUGUUUUAUCUUAUUUAAGGUUCCUUUUCUAGGUACCUAAUAUUUUAAUUUCCUAGGACAACGUUGCCUCCAUUUAUCAGCAAAAAUAAGCAAGAAUAUACAAGUAAUGGCGCAAUAUUUGUUGCAUGGAACUCUUCAAGUUACAAUAUUUGAAGCAACAUCUUUGUCCAAUUCCAAUGCAAUAUCCGUGAGUGCUCCAAAACCCAUCCAAAAGGCACCAACCACGUCAAAGAGAAGGCUUAUGAGAAGAUUAUCAUGGAUCAAGAGAGUGUCAUUUUGCCGCCCAAAGCUUGUGGAGGAGAUCGAGGAUACGGUGGGUUUCGGAAAAGGAUCUGCGAAGCUCUAUGCGACCAUCGACUUGGAGAGGGCUAGAGUGGGUCGGACCCGAGUGAUAAUGAACGAGCCUAACAAUCCCCGCUGGUAUGAGUCCUUCCACAUCUAUUGUGCGCACUGGACUGCUAAUAUCAUCUUCACCAUCAAGGCCGACAAUCCAGUCGGGGCAUCACUCAUCGGAAGGGCCUACCUUCCCGUCAAGGAUAUCCUCAACAACAACAACAGUGGGGCAGUGGAUAGGUGGCUCAACAUCUAUCGGGAGGACUGUAGCCAAGUGGGUGGAGGUGCCCAGAUCCAUGUCCGCCUCUGGUAUUUGGACGUUUCUAAAGACCCUUACUUGGGUUGGGGCCAGGGGAUCGCCAGCCUGCAGUACCUGGGUGUCCCUCACACCUUCUUCCCACAGCGGCAGGAUUGUAAGUUGACGCUCUACCAAGACGCCCAUGUCCCUGACAAUGGCCUUGUUCCUACUCGAAUCCCUUUAGUCGAUAAUCGCUACUAUGAGCCCCACCGUUGCUGGGAGGACAUCUUCGACACCAUAACCAAUGCCCAGCACCUCAUUUAUAUCACAGGUUGGUCAGUAUACACGGAUAUCACACUGAUAAGAGAUCCAAGGAGGCCUAGGCUUGGAGGGGAUGCCACCCUCGGGGAGCUACUCAAGCAAAAGUCCCGUGAGGGUGUCCGGGUGCUGAUGCUUGUGUGGGAUGAUAGGACCUCACUAGGCUUGGGCCCGCUAAGGAAGGAUGGAGUGAUGGCCACCCACGACCAGGAUACAUCCAGCUACUUUCGUGGCACGGGCGUGCACUGCAUCCUCUGCCCUCGGAAUCCAGACGAGGGAGGGAGCUACGUGCAGGACCUCGAGACAGCCACAAUGUUCACACACCACCAAAAGACUCUGAUCGUGGAUGUUGAGGUGCCUAGCAAGAUGAUGGACGGUAGGAGGAAUGACGAUGGAAGAAGGAAGAAGAGGAGGAUCAUUAGCUUUAUCGGGGGCAUUGACCUCUGUGAUGGGAGAUAUGACACACAGUACCAUUCUUUGUUCCGAACAUUGGGCACAGCACACUACAAUGACUUCCAUCAGCCCAACUUUCCCGAGGCAUCCAUCCAGAAGGGUGGGCCCAGGGAGCCCUGGCAUGAUAUCCACUGUCGAUUGGAGGGGCCUAUCACAUGGGAUGUGUUGUGCAACUUUGAGCAACGAUGGAGGAAGCAAGGUGGGGGUGUAGAUCUACUCCUACAGUCGGGGCAUGAUCUAACUUUCGACAAGGAGCCUCCUCCCAUGGAGGAUGAUAGAGAGGCAUGGAGUGUCCAGCUAUUCCGAUCCAUUGAUGGAGGUGCAGUAGCUGGAUUCCCAGAUGCACCAGAGGAUGCUGCCAUGGCAGGGCUCAUCACUGGCAAGGAUCAUGUCAUCGAUCGCAGCAUCCAGGAUGCUUACAUCCAUGCUAUUCGCAGGGCCAAGGACUUUAUCUACAUUGAGAACCAAUACUUCCUUGGUAGCUCUUAUGGGUGGAAAGGAAAAGCAGCUAAUGAUAUCACGGUCGAGGACAUUGGGGCACUGCAUCUCAUUCCCAAGGAGCUAUCACUUAAAAUCGUUAGCAAGAUCGAGGUCGGGGAGCAAUUCUCUGUCUAUGUGAUCAUCCCUAUGUGGCCGGAGGGUGUCCCUGAGAGCGGAUCAGUUCAAGCCAUCUUGGAUUGGCAACGUAGGACAAUGGAAAUGAUGUACACUGAUAUUGCAGAGGCUCUUCAUGCCAAGGGGCUCCAAGCAAACCCGAAGGACUACCUCUCCUUCUUCUGCUUAGGGAAUCGAGAGGUAAACAAAGGUGACGAGUAUCAAGCCGAAGAGCAUCCAGAGCCAAAUACAGACUACAACAGAGCACAGCAGGCGAGGCGAUUCAUGAUCUAUGUCCAUGCCAAGAUGAUGAUUGUUGAUGAUGAGUAUAUUAUAAUCGGAUCAGCCAAUAUCAAUCAAAGGUCAAUGGAUGGAGGAAGGGACUCAGAGAUUGCCAUGGGAGCAUACCAACCAUAUUAUCUUGCAAGCAGGCAACUAGCCAAGGGGCAGAUCCACGGUUUCCGAUUGGCACUAUGGCAUGAGCACCUUGGUGUGUUUGAUGACACCUUCCUUCAACCCCAAAAUGUUGGGUGCAUGCAAAAGGUGAACAAGAUUGCUGAAAGGAAUUGGAGACUCUACACGAGUGACAUGCUUGUCAGUGAUCUCCCAAGCCAUCUACUUAGCUACCCUCUAGAAGUGACUGAGGAUGGCGAGAUAAUGGAGUUGGAUGGGAUGGAGUUCUUCCCCGACACCAAGGCUCGUGUUCUAGGCACCAAGUCUGACUACCUUCCCCCCAUCCUUACCACCUAAAAGGAACAACUUAAGCAAAGAGCAAAUACCCUUGUGCCUACUUCGGCACUCUAUAUCACCUCCUAUCGAUCUUUCAUGAGCGUUAUGAGUAGCAAUGAGACCCCCUAUCUUUGGAGAAUGGUGAUCACAUGGUGGUUUCAUUUGCAUAAAUAUGUGUCAUUACACUUUCCAAAUUUAAGUUGAUAUGUCAUGAAUGGUAUGAAAUAUU